AUGGCAGAUCGAAGAAGAAUAAACGGGCCAGGAGGCUCUACCUUACCGCCCGUAUACGAUGAAACCGAAUCAGACGCGGCCUCGCUCCGCCAACGAGCGCCUGAUGCCAUCCGGCCACUCUAUCUCAAGACGGGAGUGACUCCGUCAGCAUCUGGCUCGGCAUAUCUGGAGAUUGAGCCGAGAGAAGGAAAACAUGGCUCCGGCAUGAAGCUGGCCUGCACCGUCCACGGCCCCCGAUCCCUCCCGCGCUCUGCGCCUUUCUCUCCUUACAUGGUCCUCUCGACGCAUGUCAAGUUCGCCCCUUUUGCCACGAAGCAGCGCAGGGGCUAUCUCCGGGACUCGAGCGAGAAGGACCUCAGCACACUGCUCGAGACGGCCCUCCGCGGCGCCAUGAUUGCGGACCGCUGGCCCAAGAGCGGCGUCGACGUCGUGGUGACGAUCAUCGAGGGGGAGUCGACCCGCCAGGACGCGGUGGAGCGGCGCGUCGAGGAAUGGGACGCGAUGAAUGUGCUCGGAGGAUGCAUCACCGUUGCCUCUGCGGCCAUUGCGGACGCAGGGAUCGAUUGUGUCGACACCGUCUCGGGAGGAGUGGCUGCCCUGGUGGCGGACAAGAACGGCGGCGAGCUGUCCAUGGUGCUCGAUCCCGUGGCUUUGGAGCAUGAGUCUGUGCUUGCGGCUUGCUGCGUGGCAUAUUUGCCUAAUAGAGAUGAGGUCACGAAUCUUUGGUUCAAGGGCCAGCUGCCCUCGACGGGAACGCACAAUUACCAGACACUUGUUGCAAAGGCGGUACAGGCGAGUAGAGGAGUACAUGGGCUGAUUUCGGCGUCUCUCAGCGAGGUUAUUGAGAAUUCUCAGGGCUAA